GUUUGAUGCAACCAAGUGCAGUUCCAAUGUCUUGUAACACAACCAUUCCUGCUAAUUUACCGAAUAAAUGGGCCAAUAGCGGAGUGGACAUCAAUCUCGAUAACUUAUCACUGGGGUCCAACAAGAAGACCCCAGCUCCCUCCAUGAACCAGAUGCAGACAGUUACGCCCACCCUACCACAGAUACCAGGCCAGACUCACCCAGGCAUGAUGAUGGGGGGCAACCAGAUGCUGGGACGCAACAUGAUGAUGUCGCCACAGCAGCCCAAGCCACCUGUUGCUCCAGUGAUGAAUGGCAGUGCGAUACCCGGGACAAUGAUGCCUGGGAUGGUGCCAACUGCCAUGAUCCCAAGUGGUGGAAGUGGGAUGGCAAUGGGCAUGGCUAGCCAAGGCAUGAACAGUAUGCCUGUCAUGAUGGGUAUGAUGACCCCACAGCCCCCUGUAACUGGCCCUGUAUCUAUGACCAACAACCUGGGAUUGUAACGAAGACUUGGAAGAUAAAUACAAAAGUUUUUGUUCAGGGGAGGGGAGGGGAGAUGGAAAUGAAAGACAAAUUUUUAAGGAAGUAAAUGUACCUUGAGGGGAGGGAGGGAUAGGGCUAUGACAGAGGCUCUUGAGAAAACAGGAAUAGCUUAGAAAAAACAAAAAAUAUAUUUUUCUCUUGAUCUAUUUUUUUCUUUUCUUUUCUUUUCUUUUAUUCUUUCCAAUUUCUUACCCAAAUAUUUGUUUUUUACUACCAUUAUUAUGACUGCAUACCAAGAACAUAUUGCAUUGUUUGGAAUAGAGAGGGAUGUCUGGUGUGGUGGCUUUGAAGUGACGAAGAACACAUUUAUUUCAUUUCUCUCUUACAAUGUUUUUUUUCCUGAUCCCAUUUAUCCUCAUCCCUGCAGCCUUUUUCUGGCUUGAAUCAUCUUUUUUUUCUUCUUCUUCAUCCUCCUCUUCUCUCUCCAUGACCAAAGCAACAUAGAUGAAAUAUUGGAGGUGAUAAAGGGUAAAGAAGAAGAGCAGAAAAAGGAGAAAUUAUGCUGAUUCUGACUGAUUAUAAAGGCAUACUUAGGUUCCUUUUACGUAUGUAUUUGAGAUCUGAUAUUUUUCCCCUCUAACCCUCAAAGGACAAAACACGGCAAUUGUUCUCAGAUAUCUAUGCACAUGGAAGACACUGAAAUUUUCCAAAUUACCUGUAUUAUGGAUGUCCAAAUUAGAAUAAGUUCAGUUGAAAUAAUUAGUAUCUUAAUAUACCGAUGAAAUGCAUCCUCCCGUCAUGUGUACAAGAAGCUCUGAGCUUUUACUGUCCUUUAGGGAUUAAGGCAGAGGAAAAUUGUGGAAGAAAGAAGGAAGAAGUGUUUAAAAUAAAGAAUUAUUCCCCCAAUAAGUAAAGAUACAGGGUUUAGAAUCUUUAUUUGUUUCUCUCUGCUUUUACUUUACCAUUUUCAUUUUUGUUAAAAGAAAAAUUCCAAGAAAAUGAUUCUGGUGGAAUCUUCAUUGUUAUUAAGCCCUAAAAUGUUAUUUUACCCAUGCACCUUAUUACAUUUAUUCUUUGAUGUGCAAGUUAAGGAACUCUAAAGAAAUAUUAUUAAUAAUGUUGUGGUUAUGAUUAUUGCAACUAUUGUCUUUAUUAACAAAAAUCAUGAUGUUGAUAAUACUAUUAUUGUUAUUUUUAUUAUUAUUAUGAUUAUACAUAUUAUUAUUAUAAUGAUUAAUUAUUGUUGAUUAUUGUAAAUAGUAUCUGUUUGUUUUGUUCAGAUUAUGACGCAAGAGGUUAUUUGGGGCAGAUUCAGCUUCAAUAAGAGGGCUAAUGUGAUUUUUUCUUUUGUCGUUUCUGUUAUUUUGUUUUGUCUUGUACUAUUUUUCCUUCACUUCUUUUUUCACCUCUUUAUUUUUUUCUUUUA